AUGCGCUAUGUGGCUGAGUCGCUACAUACAGCCACCAGCGUUUUGUUGCAGUCGGGGCCCAUGGGUCCAAUACUGCUCUCAGCAAUUCUGGCGGCCAGCAAAGCCAUGCGCAAACAGGGAACGAUCUCGCUGGGCGGAAAUGAGGCCUUGCUCUACGUUCAAUCCUUCCAGCAGAAGGGAUGUUCACUGAGUUUCUUCCACAAGCUCAUCGCUUGCAGUGAAUAUCGCUGGGGCUCUGCAAGGCCCGGAGCUUAUCUCCUGCUCAACAGCGUUGAGCCGGAGCUGAAAAUUCUCCUACAUGGCAAGGGACAGCGCAAGGGAGUGGAGGUUGGACCUGGAGCUGUACUGAUGAAGCACUCGGAAGACGACAAGGUCCUAAUCGAGGAGUCCGUCACGUACAUCGCUUGGAACGUGCGAAAGCUCACCGAGUUGAUCAAACAUACGAAAGAUCCUGCCCUGGUGAAGUUGGUUAGGGACAUGAUCCAGGAGGCAGAUCCUGGAUAUGCUGAUUUCGAUGAGAAGGCGAGUGAACGCCCCAAAAGCGUCAACGGCCUGCUGUCAGCCCUGAGUGAAGCGGUGGAACUCCAAGCAAAGCGUAAAGGCCUUGCCAUGUGUUAUCAAUUGGUGGAAGGUUUACAGCGGCUCGUCUUGAACACGAAUACCACAGCUCGAGAGAAGAUGUGCCAAUGUCGAGCUUUGCUCCUGGAAAGCGCAGACGAUUUGAUGGAAGGUUUGGAGGCUUUAGCCGAUUUCGCUGGAGCUUUCUCAGCCUUAGCCACGAUCAUCACCCACGCGGGCGACGGCUUGUCCACGGACGAGGUUGUGCAGUUGGCUCCGUUGUUCAUGCUUGCCAGCUUGACGAUUGGCAAGACGGCCAAUUCCAUUGCUGGCGAUGCCAAUGAAGGAAUGUCCGGAUAA